ACCGAGAAGAUGGUGCUCAGCUUGUACUGCACGUCACCGUUCCUUCAAUAAUGGCACACAAGAAAGACAACGAGAGGACGAGAAGAAAAUCCGACGCAUUUCAAGGUCCUGUAUCCUGAAGUGUAACCUUCCGCAACAUGUAGCGAAAGAAUUAAAUAAGGGCAAGAAAUCGAGGGUGAUUGGUUUAUUUCUCCAGGAUGAUCCGGGUUUAGGUUUUGCCCGAGUGAGGAUGGGCUCCCAGGUGCUGCAGACUCUCCGGCAGGGGGUGUGGGCUUCCCUGACGGGCGGAUGGUACCACGACCCUGAGCAGAACCAAUUCAACAACUCCUGCCACCUUUAUCUCUGGCUCUUCCUGCUCAUGUUGCCUCUGUCUCUGCAUCUGGCUCUCCCACCCACCAGCCUGGCCCUGAGUAUUUACUGCAUCUCAGUAACUGCCUUCUUCAUCCUCAUUAAAAUGGUGAACUAUCGCCUUCACCUAAUGUUCGAUGAAGGUGAAGCUGUACCCCGGAACAGUGUUUCUGACAUCAGCAAAGGUGCAGAAAAAAAGAGUAACGCCUCAGACACCUGUCGUCCGCCCAGCCUGAGGAAGAGCAGCACAGUACCUGAUAGUGUUGCCAUGGCAGUAUUGUCUCGAAACAGGCAAAGUCCAGUAAUCCAGGUCAGAGUAAAACAGAUUGAAACAGACCCUGGUCUAAUUGGGGAGUGCUCAAAAAGGGACUCAAAGACCACAGAAGGCCAGGAUGAAGUCUCCUCUCAGAAGAAGUGUAAGGACAGAACUGAAGCUGAAGAUGCAUUCAGUCCCAAUACUGAUCAAUCAGCCCCACUCUUACAGUCAGAGCAGAGACAACCAAACCAAGAGGACACAGCUGAUGAAGGCCUGCCCCCUUCUACCAUCAGUGAAGAGGAGAGGAUCCUAGAAGAAGCUGAGGAAGAGACACCACCACUUCCAGACCCCAUCAAGACUGGAAGCCAGUCAUCAGAGGUGAAAGAGUCUGAGGAGGAAGAAAAGCCUGAGGAGACUUAUUGCUCGGAUGAAAUCUCAGUCGUACUAGUUGAUAACUCUGGUUUAUCAACUCGCCUGGAUGAGAAUGAUACGGUGAAGAUCGUCAUCACAAUGAGCUGUGACCCUCAGACAGCGGCCGAGCUCGAGGAAUCGGUCAGGCUCAGUCUCCUGGAGUCGGCUCAAUCCCGACUUGCUCAGCAAGACCAGAUGGACGAUUCUCCUGUCAAAAUCCCAGUCAUUACCUUUGAUUCACCUCGAGAGGAUGAAGAAAGCUGUAUUAAAAAUGAUAAAGAAGGGAGGUCAAAUCCUAUUAAAUUACCUACCCAGGAACUGUCCAUGGCUCAUGAAAGUCAAGAUUCCAAUGAGCCAGUUAGGUCCAGGUCUGCCCAACAGGAAGCACUGUCUAUUGAACAUGAGGUUGAGAAUCCCAGUCCAAAUACCAAUAACAGCUCCUCAGGCAUUGAUGUGCGCUCCCAUCUGGAUGAGAGCGAUCACAGUGAGCUGAAGUCAGACACUGAUGGAUUCCUGCAGAUCCCGUCUGGAUUUGGGAGGUUCGGUGGAGGAGGAAGGAUGCAUUCAAGAGGACUUAGCAUUGACAGCGGAAGGGACGCUGUCCUGAUUGGCCACCGAGCCAAAUCCAAGCAGCAGACCAUGACCUCAUCUAAGUCGGACUUGGAGGACAAAGAAGGCCAGUUGCCAAACGAGUCCAACUUCGUGGAGUUUGUUUCAAUGUUGGAGUCUAUCAGCAGUACCAGGAGUGGGGGAGGGAAGCUGACAGAGGAGGAGCAGAAGGAGGAGCUGAAGACUAAACCAGAUGAGGAGAACACAGUGAUGGUGAAGAACUUAGAAAGCACUAAUGAGCCUGAACAGCAAGGUCCUGCGAACCCUCCGAACAGUCUGGCUACAGAGACACUGCACAGCCUUCCAGAGAAACGGAUUCCCAUCGUCUCUCCUGACAGUCCUCAGACAGAUAAGGAGAGGGAUCCGGACUACGACUCCUUGCCCUCUCAGACCUCUCAAUCAGAGAGCUCAAUGCUGCAGGUCAUCUGUAGACCAGAAGCAACAUCCAAAGAGGAGGCCUACACCUUCCACACAGUGCACAGGGACAGACCUCGAAAGCUGUAUAAUGAGAGAGCGUUAAAUUUACCUCUUGGAGCUGAACUCAUCACAGGCAACAUAUGCGAUCUCCUUUCCACGUCCUCCAACUCGGAGUGCCAGGAUGGGUUAGUGGGUGGGCAUCCAGAUUGUCCGUUUCAGCGUCGCAUCAUUCCAGCUCAUCGGCUUCGGCCCAGGAGAACACACCCUGAGAUCUUCCAGGAGGAGGAUUCCCUUGACGACUCCUCAGACACGACUACUGAGGAAAAACCGUCCCGGAAACUCUACUACAAGCUGAAAGUUUUUCCUGGGAAAUGGAUCAACAUCCUGUACGAUCGGCUCACCUUAAUCGCGCUGCUGGACAGGAAUCGUAACUGGAAGGAGAACGCAGCUGCCGUGGUCUUGGCGUUCCUGGUUGCUUUUCUGGGUUUUGUGCUCCUGAACCAUGGUUGCUUUAAGGACUUUUGGGUUUUCCAGUUUUGUCUCGUCAUGGCCAGCUGUCAGUACUCCUUAUUAAAGAGCGUCCAGCCAGACGCAGCAUCACCUACUCAUGGACAUAACCAAAUCAUUGCGUACAGUCGAGCUGCAUAUUUCUGCAUGCUCUGUGGCCUAAUUUGGAUUCUGGAGUUGAAGCUGAAAAGAUCAGACCUUCCUGUUUUCACCUUAUACGGCAUUACAGUUGUAAUGUCCGAUACGCUUCGGUUUGUACAAGAUGUUUUAAUAGGAUUUACAUACUGCUUUCCCAUAACCUUCCUGCUUGGCCUCUUCCCACAAAUCAACACAUUUGUUAUUUACUUUCUUGAGCAAAUUGAUAUGCACUUCUUUGGUGGAACAGCUGCAACUGGACUCCACUCAGCCAUCUACUGUAUAGGAAGGAGUCUGUUGGUGUUAACAUUACUGUACGGAUUCUGUCUCGGUGCACUCAAGGAACCAUGGAACGAGCAGCACAUCCCAGCCCUGUUCUCUGGGUUUUGUGCUCUGCUGGUAGCCCUGUCCUAUCAUCUCAGUCGACAAGGCAGUGACCCCUCUGUACUCUUCGCGCUGUUCAAGUCUAAGUUCAUGCCAGCGUUGGGGGAAGGUGAGGUGAAGGAAGAGUCCUCUGAGAACGAAGAUCCUCUUCCAAAAAAGCUCCAGGAUUCAGUGAGAGAAAUACUGAUCUCAGAUCUGGCUGUGUGCACGAUGGCUUCAGUUUUGACUUUUGCUGUUACUGCCAGUACUGUCUUCUUGUCUUUAAGGCCCUUUGUCACCAUAGUGUUGUAUGCCCUGGCAGCAACUGUGGGCUUCGUCACCCACUAUCUCAUCCCUCAGUUACGCAAACAUCAUCCCUGGUUAUGGCUCUCACAUCCAGUGCUUAAGAGUAAGGAGUACUCCCAGUUUGAACCCACGGAGGACGCUCAGUUGAUGUGGUUCGAGCGGCUCUAUGUAGGGCUCUUGAGCUUUGAGAAGUAUGUUGUGUACCCUGCCAUUGUCCUCAGUGCCCUUACCAAUGAUGGCUUUAACCUCAGCCACCGGAAAAAGCUGGGUAUACACUGUGAUGUCUUAUUGAUGACAGUUGCUGGGAUGAAGCUUCUGCGCUCGUCCUUCUGCAACCCCAGCUACCAGUUCCUCACGCUAAUCUUCACCAUCGUUUUCUUCGAGUUCGACUGCAGCAAGGCUUCUGAGACCUUCCUGCUCAACUUCUUCCUCAUGUCCAUAGUCUUCCACAAGCUCUGGGAUCUCCUGCACAAGCUGCACUUUGUUCUAAUCUACAUCGCUCCCUGGCAGAUAGCAUGGGGCAGCGCCUUUCACGCCUUCGCCCAGCCGUUCGCCGUGCCACAUUCUGCCAUGCUCCUGGUGCAGACGUUAAUAACCACUGUCUUUUACACUCCACUGAGCCCGUUUCUGGGCAGUGCCAUUUUCAUCACAUCCUACCCACGUCCUGUCAAGUUUUGGGAGAGAAACUACAACACAAAACGUAUUGACAACUCCAACAGCAGACUGAUGUCUCAGAUUGAAAAGGAUACCGGUUGUGAUGAUAACAACCUGAACUCAAUCUUCUAUGAGUACCUGACACGUUCACUGCAGCACUCUUUGUGCGGGGAUCUGCUGCUCGGCCGCUGGGGGACCUACAGUACAGGCGACUGCUUCAUACUGGCCUCUGAUUACCUCAAUGCUCUCAUACACCUCAUCGAGGUUGGCAACGGCCUCGUCACCUUCCAGUUGAGGGGUCUUGAGUUCAGGGGUACAUAUUGUCAGCAGCGUGAGGUGGAGGCCAUUACUGAGGGUGUGGAGGAAGACGAGGGCUGUUGCUGCUGCGAGCCGGGUCACCUGGCUCACGUUCUCUCAUGUAACGCUGCAUUUAAUCUGCGCUGGCUCGCCUGGGAGCUCACCACUACCAAAUACGUGCUUCAGAGCUACAGCAUCAGUGAGAACAACGCGGCCACCAUGCUGCAGCUUUAUGACCUGCGCAAACUGCUCAUCACCUACUACCUCAAGAGUAUCAUCUACUAUCUGGUGAUCAACCCCAAGCUCCAAACGUGGCUCAAGGAGCAGUCGUUCCAGGAGGCUCUGCAGCCCUACAGUAAAUGGCACCAUAUAGAGAGAGACCCAGUGGUGUUCAGCGUUAAGAUUGACGAGGACUAUGUCCACUGCCUGCAAGGGGUCACCAGGGCCAGCUACUGCAAUGUCUAUCUGGAGUGGAUCCAAUAUUGUGCCGGCAAAAUGGAGCAACCGGUGGACUGUGAUGAGGAUUCUCUCCUGGUCACAUUGUGUUUUGCUCUGUCAGUCCUGGGCAGGAGGUCUCUAGGCACGGCGUCACAUAACAUGUCCAACAGUUUAGAGUCCUUCUUAUACGGCUUCAGCACCUUGUUUAAAGGAGACUUCCGCGUUGCCACAAAGGACGAGUGGGUCUUCGCUGACAUGGAUCUGCUCCAGAAGGUGGUUGCACCGGCGGUUAGAAUGAGCCUUAAACUUCACCAGGACCACUUCACAAGUCUUGAGGAGAGCGAGGAGCCGGCUGUGCUGUACGAGGCUAUCGGCGCAUACCGGAGCUCGCUGGUGAUAUGUGAUGAGGGCGACCCCGCAUGGCGUAAGGCCGUGCUGUCGGGCAAAGAUACGCUGCUCACGCUACGCCACACACUGGAUGAUGGCAACGAUGAAUACAAGAUCAUUAUGCUGUAUAAGCGCUACCUCAGCUUUAAAGUCAUCAAGAUCAAUAAAGAGUGUGUGCGUGGGCUGUGGGCAGGACAACAGCAGGAGCUGAUCUUCCUGCGGAACCGUAAUCCAGAGCGAGGAAGCAUCCAGAACUCCAAGCAGGCGCUGAGGAACAUGAUCAACUCAUCAUGUGACCAGCCACUGGGUUACCCCAUGUUCGUGUCUGCCCUCACCACCUCGUACGCAGGAACGCACAAGCACACGGGGAGCAUCUGGGGUGGCACGCUCAGCCUCCAGGGAAUCCGCACAUGGCUGUGCUCCCGGUGGCUCCGGGUGAGGAAGGACAACCUGACGAGUUGUAACAGUGGAGUGAACAUGGAGGACGUGGACUGCGCUGUGUCCUCCAAUAGUCACACUCACAACUCCGUCACAUCCCAAAGCACCAGCACACACCAGCCACACCCGCGCAGCUCACGCGCCCGACAUCACAGUACAGGACGUCGUGAGUAUCGCAGUGGCUCUGUGCAGCCUCAGUGCCAGCGAGCCCCAGUCACGAGUCGCUCAGGGCCGAUCCUGGAUCUCCAGCAGGGCCCGGGUUCUAACGGUGUCGUGCAGCGCCUCUCCAACAGUCAGCUCUCCUUCAACACCUCCUCUAUCGCCUCCGCCUUCUCCCAGGUGCCGCGCGUGUCUGCGGCGGGAGCCGUGCACUCAGCUCAGCCACGCUGCAGUCAGGGCUCCUCCUCCAGCUCCACUCUCAGCCUGCUGUUCGGGAAGCGCAGCUUCUCCAGCGGUCUGGUCAUAUCCGGCCUCUCUGCCGCUGAGGGAGGAAACAGCACUGACACACAGUCAUCCAGCUCCGUCAACAUCAUUACCCCGGGGCCAUCAGUACGCCAGACUCACUCACAGUGGACAUCUGAAAGAGAGGCAUAUGAGAGCAUAGACGCCACGUCCACUGUGACUUCAGGUCCAAAAGACAACGCAGCAUCAGGAGAGAAGAGCCAGGAAGGGACAAGCUCAGGCUCAGGCUCAGCCUUGCAGAACUCAGAGCAGAAGAGCACCUGAGAGCUUCUCAUUACGACCGCACAACUAACAGGACAUGAUUUAUAAAUGGUUUAAAGGUUCGGUAUUAAUGGUACGUUAUCCAAUGGGGCAGUUCACAUUCCAGUAAGACUUUAUUGUUUAGUGUAGCAGAUCUGAGCACUGGCUGGAACUCUAGAUGUCCUGACAAAUGAUAACCUCUGUGCUCAAGAUGCAUUGCUUUAUCCUGGUCAGGGCUGUGGUGGAUCUGGAGCCUAUACUGGGAUCACUGGACACAAAUACACCCUCGGGAGGCCAGUACGUUCCACACACACAUGCACAUUUUUGCACACUUACUCACAAAAGAAUGGGAGGUUGGAAGAACCUUGAGGAAACCCACACAAAUACAGGAGGAACCUGAGAAGCUCGACACAGCCAGGAAGCAUGGGAUCUGGAGCAAACUGGGAACUCUGGUGUGGCAACGUUACAUUCACCCACAAAAUCAACAGAAUAUAAGACCACACUGAAGCAUGUAGCCUCCCUUUAAUGAAAAUGAAAACAAAAACCCGCCCAAGAGGUUCACAUGAAAUGUGUCCCUUAUUGCUAGCAGGUAGAAGACAGACAAGUAACAUGCAGUACAGUACUGUACAUUGCCUGGCCAAAUAAUAAAAAGCUAUGAUUUCAUUUAGUCAAUUUAGCUUUGAUUACAGCACAGAAUGUGGAGGCCAGUUCAUGUGUGAAAAUGAUUCCUUAUCAUCACUUAUUCCUUAUGACCACACAGCGGUUUAAUCCCAGUUCUGUGACAUCUCAUCACAUUGUGUAUGUGGAAAUAGUCUUACUUUCACUCUUAGGCUUACAGUAGCUGUGAUUGCUACUGUCAGGUUUUUAACCAUGCAUCUUCACUAAGUGUUCUUCAUUCAUGACUUUCUCAGACCACAUUUUUUUCCAACGAACUCGAAGGUUCAUCACAGUUCUUCUCAAACGUCCCCCUUUGAUUGUCCUGGUGCUUGAUGCAGGCCAAUAAUUCAGCUGUUCUGAAAGAACCGGUGAUAUAUUUUUGGCCAGGCACUCUACGUACUGUAGAUGUAGGUGAGAAUAUCUAGAUCUUAAUCUGACACUCUAGACAGAAAUAUCCAAUACAUGGUAUAAUUUCCUUUAGGACUGGACAUUAGACGUGAAUAUGAUCAUCAUGUCCUCACUGCUUCAUAUAUGCACAACAGCUCCUAAAGCAUGGUCAUCUAAAAAAAAGGUCAUUGCUCUGUGCAGUUUAACAUUCAGCAUUUGAACAUGAAAAAUCUUAAAUGCUUCAUUGAUGUUGAUUAAGACCUUUUCUCCAUUUCCAGAUUUGAAUAAAAUGCUGUUGGAUUAUAAGCAUUUACGAGUAAAUACACAAACACACUAUGCUAUGUGACAGUCCAACAUAUCUGUCUCCCGCAGCAUGUGCUUUAUUCUUUUGGUUCAUUAAGGUACAGUACCAGCCUGAUGGGUAAUUAAGAGUCGAAAGUACAUCACGGGAGUGUUAGAAACAUCUGAUACGAUACUGAUAGUCUGUGUGUCACUUGUGAUUUAGAUGUUGAUAAAUGGCUCCACUGAACGAGCUUCAGAACCGUCUGUUAAUGGCAGUAUGUCCCUGUGCUUACGCAACAUGAAUACACUGUGUACGUCAUGAUGUAUUUUUUUUAUUUAUUUAUCGGUAUAGUUGAAUCCUUUGUUAUUUUUAUUGUUAUUUUACUUUGUUGUUAUGUUAAAUAUCGGCAUCGAUAAAAUGAUACGAAGCUCGUAAAAACAACGGACGUACUUUCUCGAACAUACUGUAGGAAUCGACUCCUCAAGAAGUUUUUAAUAAAAGAAAACUGCUGA